CCUGAGUUUGAUUCUCCGUACCCCCCCCAAAUUACUUUUAAAUUACAGUAAUUCUAAGUAGUGAAGAUCUUAAAAUCAUACACAUUUUGUACCAGUGGACAAGCCGCCUUUGAGAAAGGCUGUGAGUGUUGAAAGCUGUCACAUGGCCAGCUACUUUAAGAAGCUUUCCUACUUUUGCACUUCUAAGAACUUCCACACAGUUAUAUUGCCCAAUAAAAAAGAGUUUUUAAUGUCCCUAUAUUAUUACUUGUGCCUAAGUUGUAGUACAGCUGGUUUCCUGACUGACUAGUCCAAUUGUAGGGUUUUGUGGUCGCUGGUGUUCUCUGCAGUCUGUCUUCCUCUGCAUCUUGCUCUAUCUGAAUCGUAUAACCACUGAACCUAGCCCUCUGGCUUUAUGUCAGUCUUACCUCGUUUUCAUGUUAUCAGUCUUACUAACUUUUCAAAAACUCAUUUUGGAAAUAUUUUUUAACUAGGAAAUAUUUUCUGUGCCUCACCAAAUGACAGCUAUAAUUUAUGAAUCACGUCUAAUUAAGUGUAGCAUACUUCCUGCAGUUUCAACCCCGGUGUGUUUACAAACAGAAGGAGGAGGCUACAAGACACCCCUUUAUUUCUUGCUGCCCUUCCAGUCUGCCCCUGGAUUACUGCAGAUUUUCUCCUGGAAGGUUGCUUCUCCACGUGAUUUCACAUUACAGGAGGGUUUUCCUUCUUUGUUUCUCAGACCUGGUCCUGUAGACGGAAGGAACCUGGACAGUGACACAUGCUCAAAGCCCUGCAGGACCGCCAUGGCUUAUGAUGACUCCCAGAAGAAAGAAGAUUGCUUUGACGGUGAUCACAGCUUUGAGGACAUAGGACUUGCAGCUGGCCGAAGUCAACGAGAAAAGAGACGUUCUUACAAAGAUUUCUUAAGGGAAGAGGAAGAGAUCGCUGCUCAGGUCAGGAAUUCUUCCAAGAAGAAGUUAAAGGAUAGUGAGCUGUGUUUCUUGGGGACGGACGCGCACAGGAAGAAGAGGAAGCACUCCCCCGAUGACUACCACUAUGGAGACAUUUCUUCUCUGGAAUCGGCACAAAAGAAAAAGAAAAGGCCCAGUCCGCAGGCUGCUGACACAGCUAUGGACCUGUUGAAAGCGAUCACUUCCCCGUUGGCAGCAGGCGCCAAGGCCCCCAGAAAGGCUGGGGAAAAGUCCUCUGGCUCCUCCAGCCACGCAAGCCACAUGAGCCACUCGGAGAGUAAGCGGGAGCACCAUAGGAAGAAGGGCAGUGCCAGCAGUGGGGAGCCACCCCUGGAGGACGGCAGCACCCACAAGUCAAAGAAAAUGAAGCCACUCUAUGUGAACACAGAGACCCUGACCCUGCGUGAGCCUGAUGGUUUGAAGAUGAAGCUGAUUCUCUCACCAAAGGAGAAGGGAAGCAGCUCCGUUGAGGAGGAGUCUUUUCAGUAUCCUUCUCAACAAGCAGCUGUGAAAAAGUCCUCCAAGAAGUCGGCUCGGGAUGAGCAAGGGGCUGUUCUUCUAGGGCACGAGUUACAGAGCUUUCUGAAAACAGCCCGGAAGAAGCACAAAUCGUCCUCAGACCCACACUCGUCACCUGGCCCUGAAGGCUGUGGAUCUGAUGCCACCCCGUUCCCAGAACCCCACAGCACUAACCUCGAUGUUUCAGGGCUCGAGCCGAUCCUGGUGGAGUCGGACUCAUCCUCUGGUGGAGAGCUGGAGGCAGGUGAGCUGGUGAUAGAUGAUUCUUACCGGGAAAUCAAGAAGAAAAAGAAGUCAAAGAAGAGCAAAAAGAAGAAGGACAAGGAGAAGCAUAAAGAGAAGAGGCACUCCAAGUCCAGGAGAAGCUCGGGACUGCCUGCUGCUGCUGUGGGUGACGUUGCCAUAACGCCCGGCCCCCCUCCCAGUGUCCCCUGCACUGGGGCUGCUGCUGCGCCUGCCCCAACAACUCUCAGUCUUCCAACAGAGGGGCAUGGAGAGAGAAAGAAGAAAAAGGAAGAGAGGGACAGAGAGAGAGAGAGGGGAGAAAAGCCGAAAAAGAAGAACAUGUCGGCCUACCAGGUGUUCUGUAAGGAGUACCGCGUGAGCAUCGUGGCUGACCACCCAGGGAUAGAUUUUGGGGAACUGAGUAAAAAACUGGCUGAGGUGUGGAAGCAAUUGCCAGAAAAGGACAAACUGAUCUGGAAGCAGAAAGCUCAGUAUCUGCAGCACAAGCAGAACAAAGCGGAAGCUACAACUGUGAAGAGAAAGGCGUCCAGCUCGGAAGGCGCUGCCAAAGCAAAAGCUCCCUCUGCUGGAGUCCUGUCUCCCCAAAAGAAGUCCCCGCCCACCACUGUGCUGUUACCUGCAUCGCCAGCCAGAGCUCCGGAGACAGAGCCCAUCGAUGUGGCCGCGCACCUUCAGCUGCUGGGAGAGUCCCUCAGCCUCAUCGGACACCGCCUUCAAGAGACAGAGGGCAUGGUGGCUGUGUCUGGCAGUUUGUCUGUGCUUCUGGAUUCUAUCAUCUGUGCUCUUGGUCCCUUGGCAUGUCUGACCACACAGCUGCCUGAGCUGAACGGCUGUCCCAAGCAGGUCUUGUCAAACACACUGGACAACAUUGCUUACAUCAUGCCUGGACUGUGAUGACAAAGACCCCGGGACAGAGACCUCCCCGGCCAUUUGCUGGUUUGUGUAUAUAUCACUGUUGCAGAUCCCUUCACUGGCCUCUGGGUGUGGGUUUUAAAUUUUUAUAUCUAUAUAUAUUAUAUAUAUGUAUAAUGUACAGUAUAUAUAUAUAGGACUGUAACUACUUUGCUUUAGUGAUUUUAUGAUAUGGCAAAGCUGUAGCCAAGAGGAAACUGGCAGGAAUAGGGGCCGGGGAUUCUUCAUUCUCAUGUGGUGGAUAAAUCUGCCUUAAAAAUCAGUGUCACUUGGGACUGGGGGCUUGUUCUAGGUGCCAAGUGUACCUGUUAUAGACAGCUGAAGUGUUUUUUUUUUUACAAAUCAGUGGUACCUCCAGACCCAUCACUGACCAUUUGCCUUACCUGUCUUACAGUUGAAAUGUAAUAAGGAUUAUGAGAGAUGCCAGCUGACCAAAAGUGACCUUGUGGGAGGUGACAGUGUCAUGUCCACCACAGCUGUUGGAGAGCUUGGGUAGACUGAGUAGGGAUCAGUGCAGUCCCUCCUACACAGCGUCCGCAUCUCAAAACCUGCUGCAAUCACUGGUACCAUUGGCAGCCUUGGGAGAGGCCACGAGUUGUGUGACUCCUGGUAGCAAGAGUUCCCUGAGAGGGUAAAGCUGCUGAGGCCCCAGCUGGAGCUGCACGUGUUCCCAGCUGGCCCACAGUAUUGUCUGCCAACCCGAGAGCUGGCAUCUUUCAUUGGCAGUGCUAGAUGGGCCACAAGUCCCCAGAUUCUGCUUAGUGUCUUGGUGAUUAUGGAAGAUAAAGUUGCUCCAUGUAGCUCUUGGGUUCAUCUUAUCAGUUCCCCUGUGGGCAGAUACCACACUCUGUGCCACAUGUGAGUGAAUUGCAGAAUGACUCGAUUCUCAUGUAGAUUUAUUUAUGUGUGUGUGAUGUGUAUUUUAAUUAUGUGUAUUUAACUCUAAAUUUCUUAGAUUUUAAUUUAUGCUGUAAAUUUCUGUAUAUAUAAUUUAAUAACAAAAAGCCUCCACCAGCAGCAGCAUGUGGAAGAUACAGAUUGGUCACUUCUCCCUUUUUUCUUGCUUCCUUCCUCUGGUCUGAUCUGAAAACUCCAAAUCAUCUAUACUUUAAGGUAUUAUAUCUCAAAAAAGAAUCAUUAUAUUGUGGUUCUAAUUCUUUAUUAAGAACUUCAAACCCUUCAAUAAUGUCAAACAAGUGAAAUAAAAAAAAUUACCAUUCCCCACUGCCCUUAUUUCCAAAGACCAGACCUGUGUCCCAGGUGGAAAGAGCUUGACAGUGGCUGGUUUAAGUUGGUGACUCCCUGCCAAGCCGUGCUGGGGUGGCCAGAGCCACUGUGGGGCUCUGGGUCCGAGCAGCUGGCACACAUGCUGUGCGGCCCCCUCCCAGCCAGCGCUGUCACAGGCCAGGCUCCUCAAAGGCUGCUGGCACUGAGUUCACACAGCUCAGAGCAGUUUUGCCAUUUGAUCAAGGAAACAGGAAUGUUAGCAAUUGAAAUCACGGAGAGCAGAUGUUAGCUUGCAUGUGCCAGACCUUGUCCAGCCCUUAUCCACACCGAGGAAGCUUCUUGGGCGGUGUGGCUGGGCGGUGUGGGCCACAGGAAAUCAGACCUUCGUUCACUUUAUCCACUGACACAUUCACAGCCACGACCCAUGAGUGUCCCCGCCAGAUGGCUCUGACUCACCAGUGCCACAGGCGUGACUGUCCCCUCGGGCAGCAGGAACAGUCCCAUGAGGUGGUAGGAGCUGCCCCAUGGGAGUCAUGUGUGAACCACCAGUGGCUCAAGCCACUGAGGACGUGUUAAUGAAAUCCUGGGAAGAACCUGGUUUUUUUGUGUUUAUAUUUUCCUUUGAAACCCAGCCCUAUUAUAUUUGUAUUUAAGAUUUGUACACAUUUAUAUGAUAAUCUGUAUCUUACGGUAUUUGGUACUUAAUAGAGGAAAAUCUUUGGAUUCAGACCCUCUUGCAGUUUUUAUAUCAUGGUUUUAUUUUGUUUUUUAAAUUCCAGUGGUUUGACCCAAAUCCCAUUAUGAUUGUAUAAAGAAAUAAAAUUUUGUACUUAUAUUAUUAAAAAUCACAUUUUUAAUA